AUGUGAUGUACGAGUAGGUGGAUGCCCAGUCCACGUCUCGUUUUCAAAAAGCUAACUUUUCGUUCUGUUUAUGGAAACACUGUUAUCACAAUAUUGAUGAUCCAUGAAUGUACGAGUACAUGCAAUGUUUCAAGAUUCUUUGUGUUGGGCGACUACAUACAAACAUGUGCGUUUUAACAGUUUCUACCUCGUGUUUGAUGUCUCUACUUGAAAUUUGAAAUUCCACAUAUUUUUACUGUCAUUCUCACAUCAGAGUAAAGGCAAAAAGAUGUCAUCGCAGAUCGGAGAACAAAAUAUAAUUUGGACGUCAAAAAAAUGCAUCGCCUUGACGAAACUUUUGGAGAAAAACCCAUGCUUAUGGAGCGGAAAUAAACAUGAUAAGAAUAUAACAACAUUAGUUGCGAAACGUGAAGCCCUGAUUAGCAUUGCGCGUGCGUUGAACGUUCCACCCACUCAAGCAUACAAAAAAAUUGAAAACUUGAAAACUUAUUUCCGGGUUGAACUUGCGAAAAAACAACGUGAUGAGUCAUAUGAGCCGAAAUGGUACCUCUUCAAACGGCUAAAAUUUUUCAAUAAAAAGAAAAAGAUUAAAACAAACAUCAAUUUCACACCUUCAACAAAGAAUAACGGUAAAGGAGCAAAGGAAGUCCAGCAACCUUCCAAUGUGCAUGAUCCAAUGCAAGAUGAAAUGCAACAAGUCCACUUGUUGAAUGAUGAAAUUGAUACCGCGACUUCCAAGGAGAAUAUAAUGAGUGAAACAGAGCAACAUCUAUCACUAUCGAAUGCGCAGGAUGCAGCACAAGAUGACAUGCAACAAAAUCACUCGUUGACCAAUGGAAUCGAUUCCGAAACUACCAAAAAGAAUGAAAUAAUGAUCGAAACUGAAAUUUGGACGAAGAAAAAAUGCAUUGCUUUGGCAAAUCUUUUGGGGCAAAAACCAUGCCUAUGGAGCCAAACUCAGGAUGGGGGCAUAAAAACAUUAAUUGCUAGACGCAACGCCACGAUUAGUAUUGCGCAUGAGUUGAAUGUUUCACACGUUCAAGCAAGAAAUAAAAUAGAGGACCUGAAAGAGUAUUUCCAACAUGAACUUGCAAAAAAACUACACGAAGGGGCAUAUGAGUCGAAAUGGUACCUCUUCGAACGUUUACAAUUUUUGAAUACGAAGAAGAAGAUUAAAACAAACAUCGAUUUCACACCUUCACCAGAGGAUAAGAUUACUAAAGCAGAGAAAGCCCAGUCACCCUCCCAUGCGCAUGAUCCAGGACAAGAUGAAGUGCAAGACGAUCACUUGUUGAAUGAUGAAAUCGAUACUGCGACUUCGAUGGAGAAUAUAAUGGGCGAAGCGGAGGAACUUCUAUCACUAUUCAAUGCGCAGUAUCCAGCACAAGAUAAUAUGCAACGAAACCACUUGUUGAACGAUGGAAUCGAUUCCGGAACUUGCACAACGAAUAAAGUAAUGAUGGAAUCAAAGGAAGUUCAGUCACAUCGAAGAAUCUCGAAAGAAGAUCAAGAUCACCAAUCUCAAUCCUGUAAGGCUUGCGAGAAAAGGAAGGCGGAAUAUGCGACCUUAUCGACCACUCUUAAGCAUUGGGAAGAAAGUAUAUCCAGAUCUUCCACAAGUGCAGCAGAACAAACCCAAGACCAGUGGGAUCUUUUCGGUGCUCUAGUAGCUAAAAAAAUGCGUAAUCUUCGAAAUGCAACGUCACAAAUUCACACAGAAAGAGCGAUUAAUCAGAUUCUAUUCAGAUACCAAACUGAAGAGCAAAAAAAUGUUUUGUUUGGUGGAAAAGGUACUAAUGAAAAAUUUACAUCAUAACGUUGUUUUUUUUUCAAUUACAGGAAUUUUUUUCCAAUGAAUACAUUUUUUUAUUGCGUU